AUGGUGGUAUUGAUAUUUGAUAUGACGGAAGGAAAUGGUGUAGUACUAAUGGAGAGAUUGCUGCGCCGCUUAAGAGUCGUAUUGCCACGUUGAAAUUCGGAGUCCGGGAUGGAGAAAGUGCCGGCUCUCGCGUAGCGCGAAGAAGAACCACCGUAAUCUCGAUGUCUCAUUGAAAAUAGAGUAGCAAUUUUGGUUGGAGUAGGUAACUAGGCAAAUGAAGGACCAGAUUGGUCAAAAGGCUGGAGGAAGGCGUGGUAAACAUAUUUUAGGGAAAAUAAGUUAAUACAUUUGGUCGUUGAAUCCAUGUUCACUUAUUUUUAUCGACUUUGCGCUUCUACUAGCACUCUUAGCAGAUCGGUCUGGUCCUUAAGCUUAUCAUGCACUGCUAAUGGUGCUUACAGAUUAACUCGGAGGAAUAUCAUACUUAAGCCUGAUGACGACAUCGCUAUUGGACGCGACUUUUUCCACACUGUUGCAAACCCAUUUACACCAUUACAUCUAAAACAUGCUCGAGCCCGCCGCAAGCGUUUUAUGGAUACUACUGGCGAACUAGGCAAUAUUCAUGUAUAAGAUUGAGAGACAUCGAUGUAAUGGUGCGUACGCUAGAGUCAGGUACGUAUUCCGUUUAAGAGGUCCCUCAUAAGGACGCCAACCAGCGCUCAAAGACCUUUUGCUAGUUAGAAGGCUAAGAAAAA